GUUUACAGAUAUUCUAGCAAAAUGCUGCGCUACCCAGUACAGGAGGAAUGAAAUAUCAUCAAUAAGAUGACAAAGACAAGAGAGACGGUCAACACAGAUCCCAAUCCCCUCUUCCACUCACAGCCCCCAACUCCUCAGAAGGUUCAGAAUUACUACAAGUCAAAGAAGAAUAAUGGCUCUUUCUACACGAUCCAGUCCAACAGUCUCGAUCAGGCAAGAAAUAGAGAGGGAACUUAUCUGAGGAGAAGGACAAAGAGAGCUCAGAGAUUUCCCAGAGGUCCUACUUCAUUUCUCUUCUGCAUCUUUAUGGCUCUAAUUUGUGUUACAAAUGGACAAUCUGAACAAGAAUCUCCUGGUACAUGUAGAGAACUGGUCUCUGUUACAAAGUCACUAUUGAUCGUUAGAAGUGCAAGCUCCUUUAGUUCUGCUGAAGUGGAUGACACAGUAACCUGCCCAGAAUCAAAGUAUUACCUGGGCGUCUUCACAAUCUGCUACAUAAAUGAGACCUGGGUGGAUAUCAGCAGCCCUGUUGGGGUCAAUGGGACCUGCCCGGCGCUCUAUGUGGAAUAUACUGUGGAAAACCAAGUGAGGAAUAAACCAAUCCUAAUCCAUCUUACCCCUGUGAAGAGAACCAAUGAAAGAAAGAAGGAAUCCUUUAGAAGCACUAUACAGACCAGCACAAUGGCCCCGACUGAAACAACAGAAAGACAGUCUGAGCCAAAAGGAAGACAUUGCUACGGUGUUUUUGGUGUCAGUGCGGUAGUCGUGGUUUUUAUCGGAGCUCUUUAUAGGAUUUGCAACACCAGGAAACCAAAGACUAGAGAUUAUGGUCCGGCCCAGACAUUGGAUACUCAGGAUUCGGGUGAACAGAUUCCGAUGAACAACCUUACCAAUGAAGACGGACCAGGAAGUAACGGACAUAUUCCAGGAAGUUCCAAUGGGGAUCUACAUGGCGGGACCGCGGAGGCCGACGCUGAGCCCCAGGGAACUGCUCUCCACUAAUAAUCAUUUCAUCCAAUUUUGUGCAAAGUUUAGGGAUCAUGGGAAAUGACCUGUGUGCUUUCAGUGGAUAUACUAUAUAGGUCCCAAGGCAAAACUCUGUGUAGAACCCACUAGGCUUUCCCUCCUGUAGAGCUCAUUAAUCAAUCAAUCACACACAUCCUUAAUGCCCCUGUAUGUAGCACUGUGAUUUGGGCCCUCCAUUGUCUCCAUUGGGUCACUAAGGUUUUGCCAUGACACAUUCAUAUAGUUAAGUGUUCAUUUAGUAACCCUAUAUUUUCAACCCAAAUAUCAGCCUAACUUGCUUCUUCUCAACCCAGCCUGAAGUCCUCUUCUGUUUUAUGAUCCACACCCAAGUAGACUUACCACUAGAAACAUAUUUGGGAGAGAUUGGGGACCACAGACUAGGGGUCAUCUCCAAAGGCAAGGCCCUCAGCUUAAAAUUUAACCCACCACUUGGCCAUAUCCACACCUAGUGCUUAUUUUCUUCUUCUUCUUCUACCACUCAACAAAUGGAUCCCACAGGUUUCAAGUCAACCCACUGGUGGUAAUAUAUGGCCAUUAACAAUUGUUGUGUGAGUUAAGAGUGUUUCCUUUUAUCCAAUUUGGCCAUCUGACCAACUGGUUUGAUGACCUAGAACCAUGCAGCUGAUAGGAUGACAUCAACUGAGAAUAGAGGAGAGGAGAUUUCCGCAUCAGCAUAGGAAGGGUCUCUGUAGUGUAAGGUCAAUUGGGUUAUGGAAUUCUCUGUAAGAAGAGGUAAAAGUAAUUUGUUGGUUGUAAGUCGGAUGUUUUCACAAGGUUUAGAAAGCCUCAGCUUGAUAACAGCAAGCAACACUAACUCCAUAGAGUGUUACUGUAACAAAGCUUUUACCAAACCAUAAUUGUUUCAAUAGAAAAGUUACAAUAACCAUUAUUAUAUAUUAUUAUUUUUGGGUUAUUCCCGGAUUGCGGUAUAUUUUUGCCAUUUCUUGUCCAAGGUACUAAUGCACUGACGAAGGAGAUACUGCGUUAGCGCCUUUACCAAAAGCAACCAA